UUAACUAUACUUAUAUCAGACCGCUGUACACAGCUUAGUUGGCGUAUGAUAUCUUUGCCUCAGUAAAAGUAACUAUUGUUGAACACUUCUGAUAAGGAAUAUUCCGCGGGCCUAGCUUGGCUUUCCAGGUACAACCUUCAUUUUCACGCCUAAAACGCUUGUUCCCGUUUGAUGAAAGAAACAAAGCAAGUGAAAGAACUUUUGAUUUAAACGAUACUGAAGAUCUUGCUUAAUUCUAUAUCAUGGCCGAGAAAAUGAUGAUUUUGGUCGACAACCAGUCAGCUAUUCCGGUAACCUUGUUCCUGCACAAAAAUUGGAAUCACUGGAAGUUCCUAUCAAUCAGUAAGAUUGUGGAACCAGGUAAAAAUUAUUUUCAUACGAAUGGAGAAGCUUUGCGAUUUGAACUGAGUGCACGUUUUGAUGGAAGAACAAAGAGCACUUUCUGUUCGUUGACUACGUGUGAAGAAGAAAUGGUGCUUCGAAUUCGUGGUGAUGAUCUUUUGUAUGUAAAAAAAGAAAAAUUAAAACACGAAGAAAAACAAAUUUGUUUACGACGACAAAACAUGAAUAAGGACGUUUCAGCAUCAGGAAACAAGAACCUGUACGAAAUCCUGGGGCUUAACAUGAAAGAAGUUCGUAAGAAACCCUUUGAAGAACAGAACGAGAUGAUUAAGAAAGCUUAUCGUUCUCAACUUCUGCGUUGGCAUCCUGGCAAGAAUCCUGAGAAUGGUGAUAAAACUAUUUGCCAUGAGAUCAUCAAUGCGUACAAGAUUCUCAAAGAUCCCAAAGCCCGAGCUGCGUAUAAUAUCGUGGCAGAUUAUGACACAGCAGGAUGGUUAUCAAAAGCGCGAUGGGGGGCAGUAUUUAAGCCAGAAUGUUACAGCGAUGAACAGAAGAAACAAUAUCGAAAGAGAAUGGGAUUAUUGAUUCUCUCGAGUGUCCUGGUAACGGCGGGGAUUGGUUUAACAUUCGUAACAGCGGGAAUGGCUAGACCCGUUGUUCUUGGCAUGAUGGCUGCAUCAGGAGGUAUUAUAGGUGGUGGGAUUUCAAGUGGAUUACGAACAAUAAAUCGUGAAGCGAUAGAAAAAGUUAGCUCCUUUAAAAAAUACUUUAUUAGUUUAGUGGUUGGUGCUGUGGGUGGAGCAAUUAUGGGCGUGGGAGUGGAUGGAAAGGGCAUCAUCAGUGUCCAGGCAUCUCUGGAACGGCAAAUUAGCUUGAGGAUGACCACUUCAGCUUUUCGUAGCUUGGUCACAUCUCUUACUAAUAAUCUGGACACAAUCCUUGCAGGUGGACCAAAACCUACCUGGAAACAACUUUUUCUACACGUGGUUCUCGAUGCCUUGAUGGGAGGGAUUGCUGGUGCAACGGGGGGGCUGACAGAAAACAUGCUUGAAGAUGUGGUUUCCCCUGAUGAAGCAUUGACAGCAUUUGAAAGCGUUUCUUCUGGCACAUCUUUAAUUGUUGAAGAUUCUGCAACAGUUGCAACGACAGCAUUUACUGAAUAUUUCGAGGAGCGUUUAGAUGAUGGUGUCAAAAAUAAAUUCAUAGUGGAUCAUUUGAAAAAAGCUGUAGUGAGAUCAGCACAAGCUGUUAACACGCGCGUGCACGGAUUUCGUUUCAAAGCUGGUGUCAAGGAUAUUAGAAAUGUGCUGGAGGCGGAAGUGAAAGGCGAAUCCAGCCACCAGAAUGAAGAGACAAAGCAAGAUUCAGAAAACACAUCAGUUGCAAAGAAUAUGAAAGAAACAAUUGGAGAAGGGAUGUCAAGAAUGAGUGGAAACAACGAGAAUACAGGAACAGGUGAUGAUCUUGGUAAAGACGUCGAGCAUUCCAAUAACGAAACAAAUGAAGUAAAAUACGCAGGAUCAGCAGGAAGUAUAGAAAAUGGCGAUAAACACGAAUGCGAAGCAGAAGAUCUACUCGAAAUAACGAGCUUCGAUGAUAUUGACUGCAGGGAAACAAAUGCCCAAACUGCUGUGAACCAGAAAAUUAAGUAUAUUUCCAAAGGAUAUUGGUUUUCGAAGAUGCUCGUUGAUUAUAAGGUGAACGGUAGAAGUCAACAUGAGGAGGUUGAAUAUAGCGAAGGUUCGAUUCUCCUACCAAACAAUGCCACCAAUAUCGAAAUUAGGUUCCAGGUCAUGCGCUUUCCUGGUGUUUGGUGUGAUGUGAAAAAGUACGACCGUUUCAAGAGUUGUUGGGUAAAAACACACGACCGGGUAAAAGACAAGGAUGAAUACAAGCCUCAUAUUUUCAAGUUCAGGACACCAAUUAGUUGCACGUUCACUUUGGCUGGAAAUUUGUAUUAUGAAAAGGUGGUAAAGAUCACGAAUGACGAAAUAUACGAUAGUGAUGACAAUGUUGAAUGCGCACAAGAAUUAACAUCAGGAAUUGCAGACGAAAGAGCUUCUGUUGGCUUUGCUAAAGGCCCCAAUGAUUCGUGGUGCCUUGAAACAGAUGUUCUUCACGACGAGAAUAAAAAAGAACUUGCAAGUUUAGAGUGGGUGGAAAGUUUUAAAUCCUUUUAUGCGAACGAAAAUCGUGGUCAACCCCGUUUAGAAAUUGUCUGCAAACUUGGCAAAGUACCUUGCACCGCUGAUAUUGUGAAAUUUUUGGGUGAAAAAAUGCUUCCUUUUGUUACGUAUAAGGAAUUCUCGAAGACUGAAUGGUUUGAAUCAAAUAUAUUUGAUGAAAAUUUUGAAAUGAAAGCGGAAUUCGAGGAUAAAUUGUCAAGAUUAUCAUGGGUAAGAAAAUUUUAUGUUGGUUUCGAUGAUAAAAAAGAACAAACUUGGCAAAUAUAUAUCACCCACGCCUAUGACCAAGCACCUUCCAUGGUAGACCUGAAGGAAAUAUUUGGUGUUAACAUUGCCUCCUUUGUUAAUUUUAUCCGAGAAAGAGGUUUUAAAAAAGAUAUAGAUGGUAGAAAGAAGAUACCUUUUCCACCAUCUGACUUUCUUCGAGGACCAAGAUCAGGAGAUGCAAUUUGCACAGAAGAAGAAAAUAACGAAAACCCCGGAGUUGAAAAUCUCGGGUGUGGAACUUUGGGUAUUCUUGCAGCUCGGUCGUUUCCCGAAAUAAAACACUAUGCAGUAACCGCCUACCAUGUAUGUUACGACAAAACGUUUCCGUCGAAUAUUGAUAUAACUAUGAAACACAAAAAACUGAAAAAGGAUUUCGAGAAAGGAUCGCGGAACUGUGUUGGUGUAGUUUACCAGUAUAUUGAUGGAGAAAGAAGACGACUAGGCAAAUUCUCUCGUGGUUUAUACAACGAUAGAAACGACAUUGCUCUUAUUGAACUAGCUAGAAAUUUGAAUUGCGAUGACGCCCUGGCCUUUUUUAAAGAAGAAGGCAUUGAAACAGCCCUGGCUAGCAAGAAGGAUGUCGCUAAAUGUUUCAAAAAAUUGAACGGUAAUGUGCGGGUGAGAAGAAUUGGUUCAACGGAAGAACAGGAAGGGAAACUUAUCUCAACAUAUCACAAGGAUGUGAAAACAGGAAUGAACUGUGGUUUUUACAUGAUAGAAGAAAAAAAAAGCAAAGCAGAACGAGGGGCAGAAGGCGAAACAGACGGCGAAAACGCCACGUUUGCAAAGAAAGGUGACUCGGGCUCUUUGGUGUAUAUGAUAUGUAACGGUGAUAAAAAGAUAAUAUUCGCCUACCUGAGCAACGCCAACUUUGAAGAAGGUGUCUACUACUGUCCAAAUUUGAAAUCAAGCCUACAAGAUCUAUGUCCCAACAAUGAGGUAGCCAGGGUGUUUAAUCCUUGCGUGCAUGAAUGUGGCUUCCAAUAACAUGCACUUAUUUCCAAAUUUUGCCGGAAUUAUUUUGGAUCUUAAAUAUUUUUAGUAUAACCAAUUAGUAGCUUAGAGCAAGGGUUUCACAAGGAGUGUUCAACAUUAUAUCAUACAAACUCUCUUAGCGGAGGCUUUUAAAAUCGAAUCGUCUAGAAACGUUUUUCGUCAAUUUUUGGCCAUGCACCAACUGGCACUAUACCGUUUAUAUCAAAAUCGAUUUUGAAUUUUAAAUAUAUGCAAGUUAGAAAUUAUUUUGUCUUAUCUCAGAAUCUGCCACGGAGAUUUUAAAAAUCCAUACGAAAAUGCACUAUAUAGGUAGCCAACAUCAGUGAAAUUAAAGCACUUGCCCACAAAGGAAAGAUAAAAUAGUAAUGAAAAUAAUAAUAAUUAAGCCUUUUCCGUUGCUCGAAUAAAUUAAAAUACUAUAGGUGACAAUAUAUUGUAUACCUUUUAGCGAGUAAACUUUAUUCAUUUUGUUACUUUAUUCGUUAUUACCCAUAAUACCGACGCAGAAGUUGGAAUACUUGACUGUGAUAGGUCAUAGUUGCAUUCAUAUAUCGUUAAAAACUUUAAAACGUCAUGUAAUCUAUUAACUUUAAUAAAAU